GACACAAUCGCACGGAACGCACCACGCACGCGUACAUAUAUCCACCAUGCGAGCCAUACUUGCGACGUUGGCCGUCCUGCUCACCGCCACCGCCGUUCAAUCGGACAGCAGAGCGCGCAUAGUAUGUUACUUCAGCAACUGGGCGGUGUACCGGCCCGGCGUGGGUCGGUAUGGAAUCGAGGAUAUACCGGUGGACCUGUGCACUCAUAUCAUUUACUCUUUUAUCGGCGUCACUGAAAAGGGCAACGAAGUACUUGUCAUUGAUCCUGAGCUGGACGUGGACAAAAACGGUUUCCGCAACUUUACCUCUCUGCGGUCUUCGCACCCUAGCGUCAAGUUCAUGGUAGCCGUGGGAGGCUGGGCGGAAGGAGGUUCCAAGUAUUCCCACAUGGUGGCGCAGAAGAGCUCAAGAAUGGCCUUCGUUAGGAGCGUUGUUGACUUCCUAAAAAAGUACGAUUUCGACGGAUUGGACCUGGAUUGGGAGUACCCUGGGGCCGCUGAUCGUGGUGGUUCCUUCUCCGAUAAGGACCGGUUUCUUUUCCUCGUCCAGGAGUUGAAGAGGGCCUUCAUCAGGGCAGGCAAGGGAUGGGAACUGACAGCGGCUGUGCCACUCGCAAACUUCCGGCUGAUGGAGGGAUAUCACGUUCCUGAUCUUUGCCAGGAAUUGGACGCUAUUCAUGUGAUGUCAUACGAUUUGCGAGGCAACUGGGCUGGAUUCGCUGAUGUGCACUCACCUUUAUAUAAACGCCCUCAUGACCAGUGGGCUUAUGAAAAACUCAACGUGAAUGACGGACUUAAUCUUUGGGAAGAAAAAGGUUGUCCAUCAAACAAGCUGGUAGUGGGUAUUCCAUUCUACGGUAGAUCCUUCACCCUGUCUGCUGGGAACAACAAUUAUAACCUUGGAACUUACAUCAACAAAGAGGCAGGUGGAGGUGAUCCUGCUCCUUACACGAAUGCCACUGGAUUCUGGGCUUAUUAUGAGAUUUGUACAGAAGUAGACAAAGAGGGGUCUGGCUGGACCAAGAAAUGGGAUGACCACGGCAAAUGUCCCUACGCUUACAAAGGCACUCAAUGGGUUGGCUACGAAGAUCCGAAGAGUGUUGAAAUCAAGAUGGACUGGAUCAAAGAGAAGGGUUACUUGGGGGCAAUGACUUGGGCUAUCGACAUGGACGAUUUCCAGGGUCUUUGCGGUGAAAAGAACCCAUUAAUGAAACUGCUUCAUAAACACAUGAGCUCGUAUUCUGUUCCUCCCCCUAGAUCGGGAAAUACUACUCCUACUCCUGAAUGGGCCCGUCCUCCGUCUACGCCGUCAGACCCAUCAGAAGGCGAGCCUAUACCCACUACUACUACAAUAAGGCCGACCACAGCUGCUGCGACUACAACCACUAAAGCCCCAACUACUACUAGAGCGCCAACUACAACUAAAGCUACAACAACUACUACACAGAGUUUCGAGUCAGUGGAUAGUGGUUCUGACGAAAAUGACAUAGAAGUGAAGCCAUCGAAAAAACCCGAACAAGUGGAACAACCUCCAGCGGAAAAUGAGGUCGAACACGAGGACGUAUGUAAAAGCGACGCCGAUUACAUUCCUGAUAAGAAACGAUGCGAUAUGUACUGGCGGUGUGUCAACGGAGAAGGUGUCCAGUUCACGUGCCAACCAGGAACCGUGUUCAAUGUAAAACUCAACGUGUGCGAUUGGCCUGAGAACGCUAAACGCCUUGACUGUGAACUAUAAAAUCGCAAGACUUUAAUCGCAAGUGAAUAGGAGUUUUAUUGUCAAAGUUGUUCGCGCUACGUAUUGAUUUACACACUGCCUUUUUUCUCUGUUAGGUUUAAGUAUUCUCAAAAUUGGAUAUUUGUAAUUUAAAAAUGUUAAACUAAUAUUGUCGUGUUGUGUUGCAGCAAACAUAAUACGCCAAUGUUACUCUUAUAAUGAUGAAUGAUUUUAUUUCAUUAUUUUUAUUGUAAAUAUUAUUUACUAACUGACAAUUAGUGUAUCGAAUUUAUAAUUAUAAGUACUUAAAGAUACUCAUGUUAUUAUUUUACCGCCUGUAAUGUUUCUCUAAAUUUAAUAAUUGGUUAUGAACAAGACUGUAACUUAAGAAUUUAAUUACUGGUUUAAGUAAUUUGCUUACUUAUUUUAAUUAGUAACAGUCGGCCAGAGUUCUGUUUGCGAAAUUAUCAAGUUUUCAUAUAAUUUGUUCUCGAGCAAAUUAUGAGCAUUUUUCGAAAUUAAAAUAAUUAUAUAGAUAUAUUCCGCUAAGUCUUCUAAGUGUAAGUUAAAAUAUAGAUUUAUUUAUUUAUUUAAA